UAGAUUCGCGUCCAGUCAGACGUGUCAGUAAAAGCAGCCGCGGAAGUAUCGGCUUUCAGUUCAACAUAGCUUCAAGUGUGACGAGCUGAGAAAAACCAGGGCUAUUUUCUGUCUCACCACUCCCAAGCCGUCAAACGAGAAAAAAGACUUGGGAAAUAUAUUCAAGAGCUGCUUUUAUUCAAGUCAUGGUGAGAAGACAUUGACCGGAUCGCUCAGGUUUACACAGUGUGGGCUUCGUCCGUCGUGUACAAGACUGCGGUCUGAUGCCAUCGCUCUCCAUUCCGCCUGCCAUGGACGGGCACAGCUUUUCGCAUUUAGACGGACAUCAGAAGGAUGCCGGGGGGUUUAUCCUGGCACCCCCUAUGAGCUACGUGUUUGCCAACAAUCCUUGGAGCUUCCCCCAUCAGACCUACAGCUUGCCCUGUCCCGUGCAAUCUGAAAACCAGCAGCAGCUUAUCAACGGCCCAUUGGACAUGGCCACUGAUUUUUUUCCCAAUGGUCUCAACGACUUUGACUUCCCUGGUCUGAAUCUCACUCGGAAUGACGACCUCCCUCCGGACCUCUCUGGUCUGGAUGAUCUGUUGAUCUUCUCCCCUCCGACCGACUCUUUAUCCGAAUACACCGUUAACAACUUAAUCAACACUGAAAUGCCUUCCAAUGUGCCCACGAUAUGGGACAUUAAAACAUCACCAGCAUCAGUCCAAGAGUUGAAUUCUAACAGGUUUCAAGGUUUAAACUCGUUGGAUGACAUCACUGCUAUCAUUAAUACACCACCCAUUGGAGGUUAUCAGAGAUCCCAAACACAGCCAGAAGAGGAAGAGGAAGUCGAGGUGGAGGAGACCGAAGAGUUGGGUCAUGUUGACACCUAUGCAGACUACAGGCCCUCUAAAUCCAAGAUAGGAAUAUCCCACCCAGACCGAGUGGUGGAGACCAACACUUUAUCCAGCGUACCUCCUCCAGAUAUCACCUACACCCUGUCCAUCCCAGAGACCACCAUAAACAGAGGCCUGCUUUCUGCCUUGCAGCUGGAGGCCAUUAUUUACGCCUGCCAGCAACAUGAAGUGAUUCUCCAGAACAACCAGCGGGCCGGCUUCCUCAUAGGGGACGGCGCUGGAGUUGGCAAAGGCCGCACAGUGGCUGGCAUCAUUCUAGAAAACUACUUAAAGGGAAGGAAGAAAGCACUAUGGUUCAGCGUCUCCAAUGACCUGAAAUAUGACGCAGAGAGAGAUCUCCAAGACAUCCAUGCACCCAAUAUACAAGUGCAUGCCUUGAAUAAGAUAAAGUACGGAGACACAGCUACCUCAGAAGGAGUCCUGUUUGCCACCUACUCAGCACUAAUUGGGGAGAGUCAGGCAGGCGGCCAACACCGAACGCGUCUGAAGCAGAUCCUAGACUGGUGUGAGCCGGGUUUUGAUGGAGUUAUCAUAUUUGACGAAUGCCACAAAGCCAAAAAUGCAACAUCCACAAAGAUGGGCAAGGCCGUGCUGGAUCUGCAGAACAAGUUGCCAUUGGCCAGAGUGGUGUAUGCCAGUGCCACAGGUGCCUCGGAGCCAAAGAACAUGAUAUAUAUGAGCCGUCUGGGGAUCUGGGGAGAGGGAACCCCCUUCAGAACCUUUGACGACUUCCUCCACGCCAUUGAGAAGAGGGGCGUGGGGGCCAUGGAGAUCGUCGCAAUGGAUAUGAAGGUCAGCGGGAUGUACAUCGCACGCCAACUCAGCUUCUCAGGAGUCUCAUUCCGCAUAGAAGAGAUCAGCUUGGAUGAUGAUUUCAAACUUGUGUACAACAAAGCUGCUAAACUUUGGGCGGAAGCUUUGGCCGUGUUCAUGCAGGCCGCUGACGAACUCUGCAUGAGCUCCAGGAAAUCCCUGUGGGGUCAGUUUUGGUCAUCCCACCAGCGUUUCUUUAAAUACCUCUGUAUCGCUGCCAAGGUGCGCUGCCUGGUGGAACUGGCCAAAAAAGAGUUGGAAGCAGGGAAGUGUGUCGUGAUAGGGCUACAGUCAACAGGUGAGGCUCGAACCAGAGAAGUCCUUGACGAAAACGACGGACACUUGGACAGAUUUGUGUCUGCUGCCGAGGGUGUGUUUCAGUCUCUGGUCCUCAAACACUUUCCGUCAGAGAAGCAGAGAAGAGAAAAAGGAGCUGGGAACAAGAGGAAACGUAAGCCACGGGCACGGCAGCCAAAGCAACCCCGACAGAUUACUGAUGUAGCGGGAGUGAUCAACAUCAGCGAUGACAGCAGCACCGAGUCUGACGCCAUGGACAGCGACUCCAACUCCUCGCCAGACUCAGUCCAAGACAACACUGACGAUGUCAUCUUCGUCAAUCAAACCAGCUACCAAAUGGCACGGUUAGAGGAGAUGAAACAAGGGCUUCUCAACAAGAUCGCUGAGCUGGGAAAAGAACUACCUCUUAACACACUGGAUGAGCUCAUUGAUAAAUUUGGAGGUCCAGAACAAGUAUCAGAGAUGACGGGACGUAAAGGCAGAGUGGUGCGUCGGUCUGACGGCAGCGUCCAAUAUGAGUCUCGCGCUGAGCAGGGCCACACUAUCGACCAAAUCAACAUCAAAGAGAAAGAUCGCUUCAUGAAUGGAGAGAAGUUGGUAGCCAUCAUAUCAGAAGCGGCCAGUUCUGGGAUUUCACUUCAAGCUGACAGAAGGGUGAAGAAUCAGUGUCGGAGGGUUCACAUGACCCUGGAGCUGCCUUGGAGUGCGGACAGGGCCAUCCAGCAGUUUGGUGAGUCGGCAGGAGCUCUGACUCAUGGUGACAGGAGGGCCACAGAGUCUAGAGACCUGAGCAAGUACAACUUUGAAAAUAAAUAUGGCACCAAAGCUCUAGAUAAGAUUACCAAAGCCAUCCUUGGUCAGAUUGAAAGCAAGGUACCCCCUCCAAAUGACUAUCCUGGUGGCGAUUCCAUGUUCUUCAGAGACAUGAAGCACGGUAUGAUGGACGUAGGCAUGCUAUGCAGUAAUUCACGCUUGGGCAUCAACACUGAAAAAGACUGCAAUAUCACCAAGUUCCUCAACCGGAUACUGGGCCUGGAGGUGCACAAACAGAACUCCCUCUUCCAGUAUUUUACGGACAAUUUCGACUACUUGAUCGAAAAGGACAAGAAAGAGGGCAAAUAUGAUAUGGGAAUACUGGAUCUGGCACCAGGAAAUGACCAGAUUUAUGAGGAAACACAGGAGAAGUUUCUAACGGCGGGAAACCCUCAAGAUGGUCAAGUUAUCCUAUAUAAGAUAAGUGUAGAUAGAGGUAUGACAUGGUUGGAGGCUCUCCAGAAGGCCCAAACUCUCAGCAACCCGGAUGAAGGCUUCUAUUUAUCCCAUAAAUUGAGAGGUAACUACCCAUGCGUGCUGCUAGCCGUGCAGGGCCAGGAGCACAACAUGAUCAUCUACAAACCAAACAUCGGCAAGCAGGCCCAAACGGAAAGCCUUGAUAACCUUCAACAAAAAUACCACAAGGUCACUCCAGAGGAGGCACAAGAUAGCUGGGAAAACCAGUUCACUUUCUCCUUCAGGAAAUGUAGCCAUGCUAACUGGAACGGGAGGUGUAAGAAGGUAGAGGAGGGUCAGGAGUGCUUAAUGGGUACUCGAUUGCGUCAGUAUCACAUGUUGUGUGGCGCUCUGCUCCGCGUUUGGAAGCGUGUGUCUGAUGUGGUCGCUGACAUCACCAAUUCCAGCAUUCUCCAAAUUGUCCGCCUCAAAACCAAAGACAGCAGCAAACAAGUUGGUAUUAAAAUCCCAGAGAACUGCAUGUCAAAGGUGCGUCAGGAGUUGGUGAGGAUGGAUGCAGAGGUGAAGCAGCGACAUCGAGAGAAGGAGCAGCAAGCUCAGGAGCAGCGUCAGGCUGAGGAGCAACAGAGGCUGAUGGCACAGCGUCAGCAGCAAGAGUUUUUCUCACAAAAUUUGUUCACCUCAUCUUUGCCAAAUCCCAGCCUGGCCAGCUUACCCACUCCGUACAUCUCCUUCCCCUCGUUCCCUUCCAUAAAAUACCCUUUGGAAGAAAUCCUGGACUUGUCGGUUCAAAGAUCCUCGCCCUCCUCCCAAGUUAGCACUCAAGCUGACCUGGGUGUAGACAACCUCUCCAGGCAACCCGAACCUAUGGUGAACGACUUUAACCUUGAAGUGUUUAUUCAAGAGCAGCAACAACCACAGCAGGAGAGCCAGGCCACACAGGAAAGCAGUUCAGCACGGGACACAGAACUGUUAGACAUGAUACUGUCUUUGAACUCCUUUAUAACACCCCCUAGUCAGACUGCCCCUGCCUCUUCCUCCUCAGAUGCACCUUUGUCGGUACCCAUGGUCUUGUCAAAUUCCUUCUCUUCUUCCUUGUCCAACUUCACUCACUCACUCACACCACCUUCAUCAUCUUCCUUGUUGUCGCGCAUCUCUCUCUCCCCUACGGACCAGCAGAUGCUCCCAGUACCCAACAGCCACUGCAGCUCUGAAGCCAUCAUAAACGUACGAGAGGUGUUGAACAGCAUGCUGCAAGGUGGAACAGAAUCACGGCAGUCCGUCAUUAAGUACCCACAACCCGAGUGAGAUCCUUCCAGUCGGACUCUCCUGUAGACGCGCACACACUCAGGGCUGUAGCCUGACCACUGCCGGCGUCCUGCUCCAACACUGGCCUCGGUUCCACAAGCAUGAGAUUCUGCUUCAUAAGAUGGGAGGAAGUCUGGUGUUCCUAAACACUUUGUCUCCAUACUAUGGAUAGUUACCGAGGUUGUCAUCCCAGUUUAAACAGCCGGAAUUUUAUACACUGGGGCUUUAAAAGAGUAUUGAUUUACCAAGAGUGAAAGCGAUUUAAGGUUUGCUUAGGUUAUAUCAUACCACAUCGUACAGUAUAUUUUGCUUAAAGAUUUUGCUCAAGAUGGAGCAUGCAGAAAUGAAAAGACACUUGAGGUACCAUUUUGGUUCCUCAUUGCAGGAACCCUCCGGGGAAGCACCAGCCACCUUUAAAGGUGCCUCAAAUGUGAUUAGAGUCCUGAGAGAUCUUCAGUAUAUAUUUUAAGUGCCCCAAAAGGCUUUCUUUUAUAAAGGGGCCACUGGAGAAACUUUCUUUAGAGUUACUAAAGGAACUGGCUGUACGUUCCUUAUAGAACAUUACUGACUCUCCAUUUUGAAAGUGUGCCUAGAGGUUCUCCAAAGGGUUCUACCAAUGUGCCGACCAAAAGGAACCCCGAAUGUUACCUCAAGUAUCUUCUUUCUGUAGGAUCUUUUUUUUGUGUGUGGCCACAGAUUCCAUGUGGGCCUAGCUGAAGUUGUACAAACCUCACAUAUGCAAGACAUAGCGCAAAGUUCACUUCGGCAAGGAGCUUAAGUUUUGUUUUGCAUUGGACAAUCAUCAGCUUUACAUUUCCAUGAUGAACUUCUGUUAGACGAAACACUUUUCCUGAGGAGCAAGAGAACAGGCUACUGUCGAAAUGUGCCUUUGGAACAGACAGUGGAAUGUAGACGUAAACACAUACUCCUGUACCGUUCACGUGCAGAUGUUUGUAAUGUAUUUAUUGCCUUUAUUUAUCAGGCCUUGAAACAGUGUGCUAGUAGGAGAGCGUAACUUACCUGUGCAGCUGUCUCUCUGUUGUUCUAAAAUAGAACAGUCUGUCCUGCUGUCCCCUGUCUCGCAAUGUAAUAAGACAGAACGGUAACAAUCUAUUAGCUGAUUGGUUUAUUGAUCCCAAAAGGAAUUUAGUAGCACUUCGUCCUUUUGUUAUAUAUAUAUAUAUAUAUAUAGUACAAUAUUUUCAUUGUGACCUAGAAACUAAAAAGUCCUUCCUUCCUUACAAUCCAGAGUGGAUAAAAAAAAAAGAUCAGAUUUCAUAAUUUGAUGCGAUGCGAAAGACAUUCCUGGUACAGUCAAACUUUUAUCUAGUUGAAUUUAAGCCCUUUAUUUAAUAGAUUCAUUGUCAAAUGUUUUAAAUAUUUGUAAGGUGUAUAACAAUUACUUGAUUAUUCUUAUUUAAUUUGAAAGGGACAUGUUUUAGAUUAUUGUUUAUAUUUUGUUUUAUUGAUACUAUGAUAUUUGUAAUUGUGCAGACAGCAAUUGACAUUGCUCUGCUGCACUGGGUGGUUGAAUAUUUUGUUCCUUUUUUCUGUUUAUCUUCAUUCUUUAUGCAGUUGAUACAUUCUUAAAUAUUUUCACAGCAAUAGAGAGAUAUUAAUAUCGAACUGAAACCCAAAUAUUCACUUCAUAAGUUCAUGGCUUUAUGGUGUUAAAACCACUCCCUAUCUCAGGAUGAAAUUUAUGUUCAAUUAGUUAAAGAUUUUUAUUUAAUUUAGAUAAAAUAUAUCCAAAUGUUUAAUGUCUGCGUAAAGAUAUGGUUUGUUGUGUAUGUAAAAUCCUGUCAUUGACACAUAUUAAAGAUUAUUUAUUUAGCCAUUAUUGCAUAUUCACUGCACAGUUUAUUUUAUUAUUUUCAUUGAGGGAGAUUCUUUCAGCCACAUUUGCACUUGAAAAUUUUUAUGUGAAAUGACAUGUAAUUUCUUUCUCCUGCAUAUUGUUGUUACAUACUCGUUCAAUAAUUUGAAUUGUUCCAUGAUAUUAUAGUGCAUCACAUAGUUUUUACUUUACAAGUGAUUCACAAUGCAUCCAUUUAGUUUUCUCAGUGCCGCUCUAAAAACAGCCAGUAAGAUGAACAUGUGACUUAAGUUUCGGUUAUGCAUUCUAAUAAAGCAUCUUACACAAUGAAAGCACUAUACGAUGAGGCCAUGAAACUGGGACAAAGUCAAAUUAAUCUCUGUUACUAAAUAGAAAUCCAUUUGACUUGCUCUGUGUAUGAUUUGCACUAAAACUGCAUAAAUGAGUUUCUGUCUGGUUUGUGAUCCAGUGCUGCCAUGUUUGUUUGCUCAUAGCCCUUCAUGGGAAUGUUCAAUUCUGUAAACAUCUCGAUUCAUUGGCUUUGCUUUUAUAUCAAUAUGGCUUUUACGUAAUUUAUUGCUAGGAAAGAAAAACAUGCUACUGACUAUAUGUAUCUUGAACCGUUUUAUUCCUGUGUUCUUAUGCUUUUGUCAUUUUCUAUAGGCCUAUUUAUAAUCUAGAUCCAAUUGUAUAUAUUGUAAAAAACAAAAAAACUAAUUGUGCCUUUCAACUGUUUCUUAAAGAAAUUGUUUUCUACUUGUAUCUAAAGAAUGGAACAUAUUACAAACUUUGUUAUUAACAAGGCAAAAAAUAAAAUGUUCAGAUUA